AAGACUCUGCUCAUAAUUUUAUGUCAUCACAUUGUUUUUCUUCUUCAGUAAACGUACUAAACACUGAGCAACAGGUUCUUGUAACGACAGAGACGUGGAUUAGCUCAGACACUGGCUGGUAUAUUUAACUCUGUAUUGCUAGUUAGACUUGGUUACUUAUUAACCUAAGCAGGUUGGCCCUAGACACUUGGAAUUUAAGCUCAUGUCUCUCUUUUCGUAAAGUAUGAACGGUCUAGGAUAAGAAAAAGCUGAA